GAUGAUGAGCCUGCAGCUGUCGCGGUGUUCAGCAUACUGACCUGCUGUAAAAUCAAGCCAACACUUCAACUGCCUGAGUAAUCUCUACAGAUACACCAAAGUACUCAUACAAGGGACACCCCCUUCCAUUGUCCAUAUCCUGAGUGCGGACGAUCAUUCAAUGUAAACUCGAAUAUGCAGAGACGUUACCGUGACCAUUCAAUUUCAGCCAGGCCGGCAAGCAUUUAUCCGAAGAGAGCCGCUCAUCGUCGUUGUCAGUGCCUCAGCGUCAGCCAAUGUACUGCUCGUCGACGCCGUUACCACCAUCCUUUCACCUGUCUUCACCGUCACACUGAUUGUCAUCUAUUUCCUGUCACUCGCCUAAAACGCGUAUCUGUGUCCACUAUGCCAUUAUCUCCAACGGAAAUCCUAGAUCGUACCUCACCAUCACCGUUUUUCUCGUAUACUUCCUCUUUGUUCCCACCACCUAUCUCCCCUCUAAUCUCGCAGCGUACUAAAAUCAACCGUGGCACCUAUGUCUCGCGCCCGUCGCCUUCUAAUUCUGAAGAAGAGGACGAAGGUGCGAGGGAACCUAGUUUUAAGCUGCAUGCUGCGAAACUUCGCGAUGUGCCGAGGAUGUGUAGUGAUCGGUGAGACACUGAGUACGGGUUGGAUGCAUAUCGACGUAGGGAGGAUCCCGGCCGAGGGUCGAAGAGGCGGCGCAUCGAGUACGAUGAAGAAAAUAGACGGCCAUGCUGGGAUCGUGUAUCAGAUAUCCGCACGAAAUAAGUAAUUUGCUUCAUCGAACAAGACUCCGAAGACCAUUCUGAACAAGAUAAUGAGUCAUAGAAACAGAAUGGGCGACAUACCAUUGCCAACGGUCCCGAAUACGGCAUUGUUGGUGGAAAACGGUGAGAGAAGCAAUAGAUAGUGCAG